AUGGCUCUUGCUUUCUCAGCCCAGGCAUAUCAUUUAUAUGCCAUUCUUGCAGCAUCGCUUCUUCUCCUUCUCCUCAGAAACCGAUUCAGGAAAGGUCUGAGCGAUAUUCCUGGCCCUACUCUCGCCAGAUACACCCGACUAUGGAAACUUCACAAUGUUUGGAAGGGUGAUCACCACAAUACCGCAAUUGCGUUGCACAGAGAACAUGGACACCUCGUCCGCAUUGGCCCCAAACACAUCUCUGUCGGGGAUCCCAAGGCCAUCCCUAUUAUAUAUGGCUUGAACAAGGGAUUCACCAAGACGGCCUUCUAUCCCAUCCAGUGUAUCUCGUGGAACAAAAAGCCUCAAAUGAACCUCUUCUCCGAUCGUGACGAGCAACACCACCGCGAACAAAAGCGCCUCGUUGCAAAUGCCUACAGCCUAAGCUCUCUUCUCGAGAUGGAGCCUGGUGUUGACUCGUGUACCCAGAUCUUCCUUGCCAAACUUGGUAGCUUUGCAGACCGGAAGGAACCCGUUGAUUUGGGUGCAUGGCUUCAGUACUACUCAUUCGACGUCGUUGGCGAGUUCGUCUUCGCCAAGAAACUUGGAUUUCUCGAAGAAGGGCGAGACGUCGACGGCAUGAUUGUGGCCAUUCAAGGAAUGCUCGUAUAUGCAAGCCUGUGUGGUCAAGUCCCCGAAAUGCAUCAUGUCUUGCUAGGCAAUCCUCUUUUUCCGAUCUUCCUGCCACAGAUGGAGACCUGGAACUCGGUGGUGACAUUCAGCCUGAAAGCAAUCAACUCACGUUCAUCAUUGAAGCGUGGUGGAGAGUUGGAAGAAGAAGAUCUGAAAGCUGGGAAAGACAUGAUGUCAAAGUGGAUGGCUGUCCAUCAUCUCAACCCCGACAAGAUGACUACAACAGAUGUGAUGGUUCAUCUUUCAGCAAACGUGUUCGCUGGCUCCGAUACUACAGCCAUCGCUCUUCGCGCAGUGUUCUACUUCCUCCUCCGCAAUCCAAUGGUGAUGGCCAAAGUCCAAAAGGAAAUUGACAGCGCCACACGCGAGGGAAAACUGAGCGAACCCAUCUCUUACCGCGAGUCUAUGACCCAUCUCCCAUAUCUAGGCGCUGUUAUUAAGGAGACAAUGCGUCUUCACCCAUCGACAGGGCUGAUCAUGGAGCGCCAUGUUCCAAGCGAAGGCGCAGUCAUUAGUGGCAAAAAUAUCCCGGCCGGAACAGUUGUUGGCAUCAAUGCCUGGGUUGUGCAUCGAAACCCCGAGGUUUUCGAGGACCCAGACUCAUUCAUUCCGGAACGAUGGCUCGAUAGUUCGCCCGAAAAGCUCAAGGAGAUGGAACAGAGCUUUUUCGUCUUCGGUGCUGGAGCUCGGACUUGUCUAGGAAAGAACAUUUCCCUGACGGAGAUGCACAAAAUGAUACCGGAGUUGAUGCGCAAGUUCGAACUCAAGCUGCGUAAUCCAGAGAAAGAGUGGAAGACAAAGAAUGUCUGGUUUGUCCAGCAAGAAGGUUUAAUCUGUGAUAUUGUGCGCAGAAGAUAG